UUGUCUACUUCUCCUACCCACCUAAGCAAGACCAUCGUCAACCCUAGAAAUAAGUUGGGCCCCAUUGGCCCUCACCUUAGCUUUCGAUCAAACCCACACCACAAGUCUAUUCUGCUACAGCUUCUCUCAACAGUUUUCUUCGAUGAGUGUACGGAAUCCCUCUUCUCUUUUAUAAGUGCGGCUUCGGCUUGGUCUUCUUCGUUUCUUGCAUCAUCGGGACGUCACAGUGCUCGUCCAGCUAUCUGAGCUCGCCUCCUAUUUUUUUUUCUCACACGGUAUUGAUAGCUCUUUCGUGUUACACAAAAGCUCGAGCGUUAAAGAACCGAGUUGGAAUUGGCAUUGGAAUUACAUACCUAUACAACCAUGUCUUCUACAAAUCCUAUCCCGAUUAGGACUGACCUGGUUUUUCGACCAGUACAAGCACCAAGCGAGAAAAGCAACGCAUCUUCACCCAAGUCCUCGGCGAUGCAGGGCACAAGACACAAACAUACGCGCUCUUCAUACUCGGAGAGCUCGCCUCUUACUGCCAUGUCUAGGAAUAACUCACUAACUUAUCGUCCUCUAAAACGGUCAACUCCGUCGCCAGACAAGACUAUUGCUAUUAUUAAUGCCAGCGGUCGUCAGGCGGCCUCCUUAAUCCGGAUAGCCACUGCUGUAGGUUACAGGGUUCGCGCCCAGCUUCGCAACCUGGAAGGCGUUAUAGCUACCGAAGUUUCGACGAAUCCAAAUGUUACAGUUUUUGUUGGAGAACUUUAUCUUCGAAACAAACCUGACGACAAAAGGGACGUUACUGUUCACGGCCACCUCCCGGGGAUUCUGGUCAACCAUGCUUUGAUCUCGCAGCUGUUCAAUGGCGCGCAGCUAGCUUUCAUCAACACGACGUUUUAUGGAAAUGAAAUACAGAUAGGAGAAGCUAUUGCGGACGCUGCAAAGAAGGCCGGCGUCCAACAUUACGUAUAUUCAUCCAUGCCCGACCACGCGGCUUAUAACCCGGAAUGGCCCUCGUUGCCCCUUUGGGCGGCCAAGCAUGAGGUGGAGAAAUAUGUUCGCAAGAUAGGGUUACCAGCCACAUUCGUCUAUACUGGAAUCUACAACAACAAUUUCACAUCACUCCGUUAUCCGCUAUUCUGCAUGGAAUUACAGCCGGAUGGUUCGUUUGUAUGGCAAGCCCCCUUCCACCCGCAUGCCAAGCUUCCCUGGUUAGACGCUGAACAUGAUGUGGGACCGGCCAUCAUUCAGCUUUUUAAAGACGGGCCAGAAAAGUGGAAUGGGAAGCGUAUCGCGUUGGCCUACGAGUACCUGACACCCAUAGAAGCCUGCAAAGCGUUCGAGAAAGGGUUAGGCAGGCGUGUUCGUUAUAAACACGGGCCCAUAGAAGUGCUGGUGAAGAUUCCGGAGGGCUAUCGGGAACAGCUGGAAGCGUUGGAGAAACUCUUUUCGCCGCAUAACACCGAGCCUACAAAGCAGCCGCCUUAUUUUGGAGAUCUGGAGCUCGAAAGAAGAUGUCCUGAAGAUGCUCUAGCAUUAUGGGAAGGGCCGAGGGGACUAGAAGAAUAUGCGCGCGAAAUAUUCCCGUUGGAAGAGGAAGCAAACGGAAUGACUUGGAUGCUUUGCAGUGACGUUGUUCCUGGGCUCGAGGGCCCAGUGGAGGAAAACAUAGAGAUGACUAAUAAUGGGGAAGAUGAGGACGGUGAUGGUGAUAACGAAUCCCUAGAUGAAGGAUUAAUAAUGAGAGGGCUCAAACGAGACGAAGAGUCAUGGCUGGCAUAAGUACCGAGUUACUGUGCGUGUCAUGACAUUCCCUGCGACUAAGAACGCGGAAAUAAUCUGGUAUUACUUUCAGGCUUGGAUAUUCUCCUGGGGGCAGAACAUAAUGCUCACAGUCGCUACACAACCACUUACGCAUUGUUAUUCUAAAACAUUUGCAUUGGCUCG